AUGUCCGCGGGCAUGACAAUGACACUAACAGUCAAACACCUCAACGCCGACUCAACGUUCCUACUCACGUUCAACGAGGCCCAUGAAAAUACUAGUACUCCCACAUCCACCGUUCUCAUCGACCCAUGGCUUACCGGUCCAUCGAUCAUCACGGCCCCCUGGUUCGCAAAGACAACCCACCGCUUCCCCAGCGCUAUCGAACAUCUGUCCGAAUUGCCACGAGAGCCAGACGUCAUGAUUAUAUCUCAGAAUAAACCGGAUCAUUGCCAUCGAGAAACCCUGCUUCAGCUGCCUGCAAAGACAAAGACUAUCAUUGCCGCUGAACCGGGGGCCGCCAAAACUAUCAGAGGGUGGAAGUAUUUCGAUCCGGGGAGGGUGGUUGCCGUACAGAAAUAUGAUCUUAGUACCAACAAUCAGACUCACAAUAACAUUAAAUCGAGGUCUCUUUCUCCAUCUCCAUCCCCGUCGCCGUCGCCAUCGACAUCGCUGUUUACGUCAACUUCAACAACAUUACUACGACUACCUAUCCCUCCGCUGUCUCCGCAAGGGUCACCAGGAGAGCUGGCCAUCGCAUUUGUACCAGCAAAAUCUUAUUUUACGGGCUUGCAUAAUGCGUGGGGUAUCACGUACCAACCGCCCGUGUCUCCUUCAGACCAUAAUCCAUCUAAUGUCAUAUCCAUCAUUUACUCGCCGCAUGGCCUCCCCUUGAGUGAUCUCCAACCGUACAUACAGAACCAUCUUGCCCGGCUUCCUGGUGCGCUUCCGCUCACAAUCCUCUUCCACUCAUUCGACCACGCCCAAAACCCCUGGUACCUCGGAGGCAACAUCAUGGCAGGCGUACAGGGUGGGGCGGAGAUUGCUCGUGCUCUGAUGGCGCAGUGCUGGAUCAGUGCACACGACGAACCGAAAGUCGACUGUGGGAUAAGCGUCAAACGGUUGCGCGUGAAGCGUGGCUCAGUGGAUCAAGCGAUCAUGAGCUUGUAUCAGGGCCAAAGUGGGGAGAGGCUGAAGGAGAAUGGCUGGGUCUGUGACGUUAGGAGUCUUGGAGUUGGCGAAGAAAUAACUUUGCCAUUGUCUCCGGACGGAUGA